CGAAAACACUUUCGGGAAGAAUAAAGUUUUUUUCCCCGCACGGACCUGCGCUCAACCAGUCUUCACUCAGAGCCAACCCGUGGCCUAGCAGGAAGAACGGCUCGACUAUGUGGAGAACGAAGCGGGCUCUUGGGGAACACUUGGCUUGUCUCGUAUUACUUGUGACGCUCGUCGAUGCUUAUCGAUUCCUGAGCCAGAACACAGCCUCCCAGUUCCUGAGCAGGCACCGCAGAGCCAACUCCCUCUUUGAGGAGCACAAGAAGGGGAACUUGGAGAGGGAGUGCAUUGAGGAGCUGUGCAACAAGGAGGAGGCCAGGGAGAUCUUUGAGAACCAUCCAGAGACGGAAUACUUCUACCCUAAAUAUGUUGCGUGUCUGGGUUCACACCGUGUUGGCAUCAACAGCCAGGAUUCAGACUCUGCCAUCCCAUCAGACCUUCGUACCUGCGUGAAAGAGAUCAAUAACCAGUGCACACCAUAUCCGUGCUACAAGGAGGGCUCAGAAAGGUGCGUGGACGGCCAGGCCUCCUUCACAUGUGUUUGUAGGCCUGGUUGGAAAGGGCUGCGCUGUGAGGACGACAUCGAUGAGUGCAGAGAUCCUGAAUUUCCAGCAGGAUGUAACCAAAAAUGUCAGAACAUCCCUGGUAGUUUCCACUGCAUGUGUGAAGAUGGCUACUUCAUCAACGACAACAUCAACUGUGUGGAUAUCGAUGAAUGCCUGCUGUACCCCAGUAUCUGUGAGGAACCAGCAAAAUGUGUCAACACCCCAGGCAUGUAUGAGUGUCAGUGUCCCCCUGGAUUUAAAUACAACUUCACUUCCAAGACCUGCAAUGACGUCGAUGAGUGCGAGCUGAAUGUGUGCGAUGGGACUUGUAUAAACACAGUGGGCAGCUACGAAUGCCACUGUGAUGGUCGUCAGGGUCUACGUCUGGCACAAGACCAGAGAUACUGUGAGAGAAUCCCUGUUUGCGUGGACCUGCAUGACUUCAAACACCCUGAGAUGCUUUACCUGGGGGAGCAGUUUGCAGGCCUUCCUGUCAUCUUUCUGCUCUUCCGUCUGCCAGAGAACACAAAGUUUGCUGCCGAGUUUGACUUUCGUACAUUUGACCCAGAGGGAGUUGUUUUGUAUGCAGAGUCAUCCCAGAACUCAUGGUUCAUGUUGGGGCUCAGGGGCGGUCGAAUUGAAGUCCAGUUUAAAAACCAGCACACAUUUAAGGUUACCAGUGGAGGAAAAGCCAUCAAUGAUGGACAGUGGCAUGUGAUCUCAGUGGAUGAACUGGAGAGCAGCAUCAGUGUGAAGAUCAGUAAGGAAGCCGUGAUGAGCAUCAACAGCCCUGAGAGUCUCUUUACUUCGGUUAACGGCAAACUGGAGACCAAAGUUUACAUCGCUGCUCUGCCCAACCGCACUGACAACGUCAUCAAGCCUAUCAAUCCUCGACUUGAUGGCUGCAUCCGGGGCUGGAAUUUAAUGAACCAGGGAGCGUCCGGGGUGAAGGAGGUCAUCCAGGAGAAGAAGAGUAAACACUGCUUUGUGUAUGUAGAGCGAGGAUCUUUCUUCACUGGGGAAGGACUGGCUCACUUCAACAUAGACUACAGUGAUUCUGGGAGCUGGAAUGUGGAUAUAAAGAUGAAUAUACGUCCAUCCAGCAGCACAGGUGUAAUCUUUGCUCUCAUCCACAACAACACGGUCCCUCUGUCGGUCGCUGUGGUAUCAAAGGAAGAAGAAGAGGCUAAUUUGCAAGUGUUCUUGGACGGUGUCUCCGUGGCAACGCUGGAGUCGCUGAUGUUGUGUUACCCCGACCAGCUGACAGUGCAGCUGAAUGUGACUCCCACAGAAAUUCAGAUCACAGCCAACUCGUCCACUGUCAGCUACAUGAAGUCGGAUGCCCUGCAGGAGGCACUGGAGCGCCUCAACAGCACCAUGCAGAACCCCAUCAGCACAUACAUCGGUGGAAUACCGGACGACGUCCCACUACCUGCUACCCCUGUGACGGCCUUUUACCACGGCUGCAUGGACAUCACUGUCAACAGCCAGCAGCUAGACUUUGAUGAGGCUCUCAGCAAACACAACAGUAUUAAGUCCCAUUCCUGCCCUCCUGUCUCUGCCCCUGAGAGGCACCCCGAUGCAUCACACUUGCACAGAAAGUGACCUUAAUUAACAAGCUCGUCACAUUAAAAAGCCCUCAAAUUAGGCAGCAUCCCACCGGGGCCACUUCUUGGGAUAUUUUGGAAAGAGAGUUUAGAGGAGAAAAAGUGACAAGAAGAGGAGAUAGAGGUAGAUGGUUUAUUUUAAGCUUUGUCUAAUGCUUUUUAUCCAUACAGUAUUAUUGUUUCUGCCCUGGGAGCGAUUUGUUCAGUUUGUUGUUGUUUUUUGUGAGUCACAAUGAAAGCAGGCUUGCCAGUGAGCUCGUCGGAAGCUGGAUGACAUAGUUGUAGCAGUUUGUUGCAAAAAAUUAAAUGUUUUCCAAAAAGAAGAGCUGAGCUCUGGAGCACACAUACCAUUUGUUGCACAACAGAUGGUUAUAUUAGUGUAGAAAAAUAAACAAAUGGUCACUUUUGACCAGGCUGUGUGACCACCUCCAUCUUUGUCCUUGCUACUGAAUCUCGGUACUAUCGCUAAUCUCUUGACACAUUUGAGGCAACCAGUGGAAAUUGUGGUUCUGGCCGUAAAAAACAGAGAAGUAAGCUGAGCCUACAGGCUUUCAAUUCAGUUCUCUUGCAGUUUCAUCAAACAUGCUUUAUUGUUUUAUUAUACGCCCCCAUGGUUGUCCCCAGAGGUAUUCUCUCAUAAUUACAGCUUUCUGCUGUUUCUGUCCUCAUCAUCUGGUUUUAUUACAUUCAGAAUUCACCUUGUAUAUAGAACAAGCCAUCCUUAAUAUAUAACUUAAAUGUGUGUAGUUGUUCACUGUUUUUUGUUUUGUUUGUUUUAAUAAAACUGUAUCAAAGCAGCCACAUUUUGAUACUGCUGAAUUUCAA